AUGACGAUACUCAGGGAUGACCAAGCGCGGAAUGUUGAUCCCUCACUUGUCGGGGAGGGGCUUGGACUAGAAGUAGAAGUGGAAGUUGGACUCGAAGUCGAGGUCGCCGAUGAGCUGGUGCUUGAAGAACUAGAGCUGGAAGAAGUUGACGAUUGCGAGCUACUGCUGCUCGACGAGGACGCACUGCCCGGUGUUCCUAGUAUGCCACCACCAACAGCAGUAGGAACCGUACUACCUCCUGCACUUUGUGCUGCUGACUUGAAUGCAGCAAGUGUAUCUGGUCCAUUGCUUCUGCGGAAGUGGAACUCGACUUUGCUUCCUGGGGAGACGGAAAGAGUAUCUGGACUGAAUGUGAAACCAUUCUGCCCUACAUUGACCGUUUGGACCGCACCCGCAGCUGAGGAUGAUGUGGUUGAUGGUGCACUCGAAGUUGACGAUGAUGAGGUUGUUGAUGAGGAUGAUGAGGAUGAUGUGCUGCUUGGUGGGCCACCAUACUGGGCAUAG